AUGGAGGGUAAUACACAGGAGAGCCGUGGCUUCACCGAUAAUUUCAUGCUGCCCAAGGGUGACAUCGGUGUCAACCUCGCGGGCACCAUGACAGCCAACAGCACCAUGCCCACCAUCCAGGACUAUGAGAACAUCUUUGGUCCCGCCGCGAGGCAGAUCAAGUUCGACCCCCAGAGGCACAAGAGGCACCAGCGAUGGCACCUCCCCGACGUCCUCCAGGGCUCCAACACCUUCCUCACCGACCGCGUGGAUGGUCUCAUCACCGAUGCCACCAACUCCCCCUUCACCAGCGUGAUCCUCCCUUAUGUCUACCUUGAGAACCCCGAUCAGAAGCUCAAGUGGAACAUCUGGAGGUUUGACGAGGGUAUGGCCACCCGCGUGCCCUACGAGUCUGCAGCCAGGGUGCUGACCCAGAGCAAGACCAGCCAGUCCGCCUACAUCGUCAGGCAGGGUAUGGCCCUCCGCAUGGAGCACAACUUCAUGAUGUCCGCCGCGGGCAGGGAGAACUUCAAGCGGCAGCUGAUGCAGCUCGUUGGGUCCAUCCAGAAGACCAACGACCUCGAUGUGCAUCAGGCCCUGCUGCUGGCGCCGUCCUACGAGGCUCACCUCAGGGAGAAGUACCACACCACGGAGAAGACGACCCUCCAGCUCAUCCGCCAGUACGUCGACAACUACGGGCUCAUGCAGAAGCAUCCGAACGCACUGGACAUCAUGAUCGAGGAUGCCAAGAACACGCUGAAGACCUGGGGAUCCCCACCGCCGUCCUUCAUGAUGUGCAACGGAGCCCUCACCAUGCAGAUGACGUUCAACCCGGAGAAGACACAGUACUACACCAACGGCAUCAGCGGGCCCAUGCUCCUGAAGCAGGGGCCGGAGCUGCCGAGCUACCGCGGCCUGAGCAUCAUCCACUCCCGCAAGUUCGAGAUCAACCAGGGAGAGCAGCCCAGGGAUGUCCUGAGGAGGAGGUCCAGGGUCGCCGAGCACUACAGGAUCAACGGGUACGUCAGGGAUCUCCACGACAAGCGCUUCCGCUUCUACGACCAGUCCAAGGACUCCAACUUCGACCUGACCUUCCCCGAGCUGAUGGAGCUGUCGUGGCUGGAUGGCCCGAACCCUAGUGGCUGGGACGCAAACGAUGACAGCACCCAUGCAAGGACACAUCAAAGAACGCAGGCGGGAGGCCAUGAACAGGCCUCCUACGUCCGCCCUGGAUUCGCGCUGAACUCCCACUUUGACAUCUCUGAGAGCUUCCGCCCACUGGACAUCGGGGUCCACCACCCAGGCGCUACGGAGAGACGGUGA